ACCAAUUCACCUGCUUUCACCACAACAAGUAUUACUGUAGCAUUUAUACCCAGCAGUACAAUUAUUCAAACUACUCCUGCAGUUGCUAAUGGAGGCCUGGAUACAGUUGUUGUUGGUUUGUCAGUAUCAUUAGGAAUUGUAGCGUUCAUCAUAGUUGGUUUGAUCCUCCUCACUAUAGUCCUGGUGAAGUGUAGAAAGAGAUGUGCCAACAGAUCUCUUCAAGUACCAAUGUAUAAGAUCAGUUAUAACAUUACUGCUAACAACAAAAGCAGCUUUAGAUCAGAAGGAAAUGAUGAAACAGAUUUCAUACCAGAAAAUGAUAUUCCUUUAUUUCAAAGAAACACAUUAACAGAUGUCCUUUAUGAUAUACCAGACAUACCAGAAGAAACAAAUCCACCAGCAGAUGAUGAUGAUGUGAUAUAUGCAAAGCCAAAAGUGAAUAAAGUCAUGAGAAUAAAGAAUGAGAGCUUUGAGGAGAUAGCUCUGCUUGGGACAGGACAGUUUGGAGAAGUUGUGUUAGCUAAGACCAUUGGACUGAGUCUUAAGGAUUUGAGGUUGGAUAAGACUGAUGAUGAUAAGUUUGCAACAGUUCGAGUCGCUGUGAAAAAGAUCAGAGAGAAUCAAAGUGAUGAAUCAAUAAUUGCCUUAAAGAAAGAAAUAAAGUUCAUGUCCCAGCUGGAUCAUAAUAAUGUGGUCCGCCUUUUAGCCGUUAGUGCUGAAAGUUGUCAAGAGCAGUUCAUAGUGAUGGAGUAUAUGGAGAAUGGUGAUUUGAAUAAGUUCUUAAUGGAUCACAGUUUCACUGACUCUCAUCCUCCAGAAGAGAAUGAACUAAGUCCCAAUAUCCUCCUUUCAUUCUGUAUCCAGGUAGCUAACGGAAUGUCCUAUCUCUCUUCUCGUAAUUUCAUUCAUAGAGACCUCGCUUCACGAAACAUCCUUGUUGGUCCGGACUACAUUGUCAAAGUUGGUGAUUUUGGUCUCAGUCGUAAUCUCUACGAUUCUUCUUAUUACAAGGUUUCUGGUAAAGCCAAGAUGCCGAUACGAUGGAUGGCUAAAGAGUGUUUUUAUGGCAAGUUCUCAGAGGUCACUGACCUGUGGGCAUUCGGUGUGACAGUAUGGGAGAUAUACAUGAUGUCAAGGGACUACCCUUACUCCUUCAUGACGGAUCAGGAAGUCAUUGAUAAUGCACUCAAAGGUUUUAACUGUGUCCUACUUGAGAAACCAGAGACCUGCCCGGAGAGAGUAUUCUCUGUCAUUGUUAAGUUGUGUUGGUCAAAAGAAAGGAAGACAUUUGCUCAAGUUCACAAAGAGCUCGUUCAUGCUGAUCAAAGACUCUACCAGUACUGUGACGUACUCCACUGGAACUAGUAGAGUAGAUUAGAUCCUCCUUUCUUUCACUACACUUUUAAUAAAUAAUUUACACUGUAGAGAUUCUAUAGUUUUAGAACAAUAAAU